AUUCUAAUCUAACUCUAACUGAACAGUCAAGUCCAAUCAAUAUGCCUCGACCUGCCCUCACCUCUUCUACUGACUUCACCCCCGCUGACCCCAAUGCCAAGUUCAGCAUGGCCGAUCUUUUUGCUCCUGUCCCCGAGCCCAGAACGGAGCUUGAGCGAUACAGGCUUCUUUCUCCUACUGCCGCUGUCCGAGUCUCUCCUCUCUGCUUGGGUGCGAUGUCCAUCGGUGACCAGUGGACCCCUUUCAUGGGUGGCGCCCUUAACUUUGAGGAGGCUUGCAAACUCCUCGACACUUUCUAUGAGGCUGGGGGUAACUUUAUCGACACUGCCAACAACUACCAACAUGAGCAGUCUGAGAUGAUUAUUGGUGAAUGGAUGGAGAAGCGAGGCAUUCGGGAUGAAAUUGUUCUUGCUACCAAGUACACCACCUUCUGCCUUGACAGGAAAGAGGGCAAGUUCCAGGGUAUCGGUGCCAACUUCGUUGGUAACCACAGGAAGAGUCUUCGCCACUCUGUAGAAGACUCUCUCAAGAAGCUCCGUACCGACUACAUCGACCUUCUCUACGUCCACUGGUGGGACUACUCCACGUCCAUUCCCGAGUUGAUGCAGAGUUUAAACGACCUCGUCAAGAGCGGCAAGGUUCUCUACCUUGGUAUCUCUGAUACCCCUGCCUGGAUCGUCUCCCAGGCCAACGAGUAUGCCCGUCACCACGGCCUCGCCCAAUUUGUUGUCUACCAAGGUUUGUGGAACCUCGGUGUUAGGGAUUUGGAGCGGGACAUCAUCCCUAUGGCUCGUGCCAACGGUAUGAGCAUCGCGCCUUGGGGUGUUCUCGGUCAGGGCAAAUUCAAAUCGCCCGAGGAACUCCAGAACAAGGACAAGUGGCGAGCUAAUGCACCUCCCACCGAGCAGGACAUCAAGAUCUCUGAAGCUCUAUCCGAGGUUGCCAAAGAGAUCGGUGACGAUGUCAAACCUGCCAGUAUUGCAAUGGCAUGGGCCAGGCAGACAGUUACCGACUGUUACCCUAUCGUUGGCGGUACCAACCCCGAGCACCUCAAGGCUAACAUUGAGGCUCUCAAAAUCACCCUCACCGAUAAGCAAAUGGACAGGCUCAACAACGCUUAUAAAUUUGACUAUGGAUUCCCUUACAACCGCUUUGGUAGAGACCCUCAUUACCUUCCUGAGGGUAAGCCAGAUAAUGGUUUGCUUACGACAGCUGCGCACUUGAAGUACACUCAACUUCCUUAAAAACUGCUUUGACUUGGGAGAUAUGAACUCCGCUAGUAACGAACCAAAAUCAGAAGAAGUAAAAAAAAAAUCAUUAGUUAGAUAUAUGCUAGAUAACCAGCAUGUUAAAAGAAGUAUUUUCCACAUCACAGUGCAUAUUUAAGCUUCUUGUCAUAACUUCUUACAAAUCCAUCAUCAUCCUUCUAAAGUGCCGACUUGGUCCUCAAUUCGCCUUUGACAGCCUUGGACAAGCUCUCAGCAAAGUACUGAAUGUUAUGUUCGUUCAAACCAGCCAUGGAGAUACGGCCGUCCUUGGUCAUAUACACGUGAGCGUACUCGGCAAGG